UCCUCCAAGCGAAGCAUGAACAGUCGUUAAGUGGAAAAUGGAGGCUGAAUUUUACGUGGCGAUUCUUACCUGCUUCAUCUUCGGGAACUCAGAGGGGUUUCAGAUUGUCCAUGUCCAGAAACAACAGUGCCUUUUCAAAAAUGAGAGAGUGGUCAUGGACUUGUGCAAUGGGACCAGCCAGAACCAGCAGUGGAUGUGGACUGAGGAUGGAAAGCUCCUUCAUGUUAAAUCUGCUCUGUGCCUGGGCAUCUCUGAUUCUUCUGGUGGCCCUUCCCGAUCCGCCAUCUUUGCCCCUUGCUCCCGGGCACCUCGAUGGACUUGCUAUGAGAAGGAAGGGUUCCUUGAGGUGGAAAAUGCCUCUCUCUUUCUCAAGAAACAAGGCUUCAGGGUAGUGGUCAAGAAGGGCAGGAAGUACCUCCACAGCUGGAUGAAAAUAGAUGUCAACGAAGAGGGAAAACCAGUCAAUGAAAGCCUCUGCUCUAAAAAAGCUGGCCUGGGAGCGGAAGUCUCUGUAAGGAGCACUAGAAACACAACUCCUCCCCAAAUCCCCACUACUUUUAAUGCACUUCCAUAUAGCCCGGGACACCUUAUUAGUAAUACCACAGAGACCUUCACCAGAAGUACUACAGAAAACUACAGCCAAAACAGCAGCCAGAGGCAGCACCCCGAUCUGCAGAUGGCUGGAACUACAUCUUGGGUUCCCUGGACUACUCAACCCUUCUCCAGCACCACUGAAGAGACUGGACUGGGGGAGCCAGUGAGAUGCAACUUCACCCUGACAGAGUCCAGGGUCUCCAGCCGGUCCGUGUCUCUCCAGUGGAAAACUUUGGCGUCACCCUGUAACUUUAGCCUCAUCUGCAGCAGUGACACGUCGUGGGUCGCGUGCUGCCACCCCGUGCGGAUAGACAACACCACCUAUGGAUGUAACCCCAAGGAUUUACAAGCGGGAACCAUCUAUAAUUUCAGUAUUAUGUCUCUGGAUGGAGAAGAGAGAACUGUGGUCUUGCAAACAGAUCCUUUACCUCCUGCUAGGUUUGAAGUCAAUAAAGAGAAAAGUACUUCCACCAGUUUGCAUGUCUGGUGGACUCCUUCUUCCGGGAAAGUCACCUGGUAUGAGGUGCAGUUACUUGAUGAUAACCAAAAGACACAGGGGGCCCAAAUUCAAGAAAGAACUUCACGGAAUGAAUAUACAUUUUUAAACCUCACUGCUGGUAGUAAAUACAAAAUUGCCAUCACAGCUGUUUCUGGGGAUAAACGUUCCUCUACGAUUUAUGCCAAUGGAUCAACAGUGCCAUCGCCAGUGAAAGAUAUUGGUAUUUCAGCGAAAACGAAUUCUCUCCUGAUUUCCUGGUCACGUGGCUCUGGGAACGUGGAAAGAUACCAGCUGAUACUAAUGGAUAAAGGAAUUCUAGUUCAUAGUUAUGCCGUGGAUAAAUCUACUGCUUCCUAUGCUUUUCAUGGACUGAUACCUGGUCACCUCUAUAAUGUCACCAUUGUUACCGAGGCUGCAGGGCUGCAAAACUACAGAUGGAAACCAGCCAGGACAACCCCCAUGGAAGUCUCAAAUCUGAAGGUGACAAAUGAUGGCACUUUGACCUCUCUAAAAGUCAAGUGGCAAAGACCUUCUGGAAAUGUGGAUUUCUACAACAUUACACUGUCUCACCAAGGGACCAUCAAAGAAUCCAGAAUAUUAGCACCCCAGAUUACUGAAACUCAAUUUAAAGACUUAGCCCCUGGACGACUUUAUCAAGUCACCAUCAGCUGUGUCUCUGGUGAAUUGUCUGCUCAUAAGAUGGCAGUGGGCAGAACAGUUCCAGACAAAGUUGGGGACCUGGAGGCAAACAGCAAUGGUUCUACAAGGUCCCUGGUAGUGAGCUGGUCGCCCCCUGCUGGAGACUGGGAGCAGUAUCGUAUUCUGCUCUUGAAUGAUUCUUUGGUGCUGCUCAACAUCACCGUGGGAAAGGAGGAAACACACUAUGUCAUAGGUGAUGUGGGGCUCAUACCGGGAAGACAGUAUGAGGUCGAAGUCACUGUUGAGAGCGGCAAUCUGAAGAAUUCUAAGCGUUGCCAUGGCAGGACAGUGCCCCUGGCUGUCCUUCAGCUUCGUGUCAAACACGCCAAUGAAACCUCACUGGGUGUCAUGUGGCAGACCCCUGCAGCGGAAUGGGAGAAAUACAUCAUUUCGCUAAUUGACAGAGACCUCUUACUCAUCCACAAGUUGCUCCCCAAAGAUGCCAAAGAAUUCACUUUUACUGACCUGGUGCCUGGACGAAAAUACAUAGCUACAGUCAGCAGUAUUAGUGGAGACCUGAAAAAUUCAUCUUCAACAAAAGGAAGAACAGUGCCUGCCCAAGUGACCGGCUUGCAUGUGGCCAACCAAGGGACAACAAGCAGUCUAUUCACUAACUGGACCCAAGCACUGGGAGACGUAGACUUCUACCAAGUCUUACUGAUCCAUGAAAACGUGGUCAUCAAAAAUGAAAGUGUCUCCAGUGACACCAGCAGAUACAGCUUCCACUCCCUCAAAUCGGGCAGCCUUUACUCCAUGGUGGUAACCACAGUAAGCGGAGGAAUCUCUUCCCGACAAGUGGUGAUGGAGGGAAGGACAGUCCCUUCCAGUGUGAGUGGAGUAAGGGUGAACAACUCUGGUCGCAAUGACUACCUCAGCAUAUCCUGGCUGCCGGCUCCUGGAGACGUGGAUAACUACGUGGUGACACUCUCCCACGAUGGCAGAGUGGUUCAGUCCCUCGUGAUUGCCAAGUCUGUCAGCGAAUGUUCCUUCAGCUCCCUCACCCCCGGCUGCCUCUACAAUGUGACCAUAACUACGAGGAGUGGCAAGUAUGAAAAUCAUUCCUUCGGCCAAGAGCGGACAGUGCCUGACAAGGUCCAGGGAGUCAGUAUCAGCAACUCGGCCAGGAGCGACUAUUUAAAGGUAUCCUGGGUACAUGCCACUGGAGACUUUGAUCACUAUGAAGUCACCAUUAAAAACAAAAACAACUUCAUUCAGACGAAAAGCAUUCCCAAGUCUGAAAACGAGUGUAUAUUUGUUAAGCUAGUCCCUGGACGGUUGUACAGUGUCACUGUUACUACAAAAAGUGGACAAUAUGAAGCCAGUGAACAAGGGAAUGGAAGAACAAUCCCAGAGGCUGUUAAGGAUCUCACAUUGCAGAACAGGAGCACUGAGGGCCUUCAGGUGACAUGGACACGAGCUGAUGGGGACGUCGACCAGUAUGAGAUCCAACUGCUUUUCAACGAUAUGAAAGUAUUUCCUCCUUUUCACCUUGUCAAUACCGCAACUGAGUAUCGAUUCACCUCCCUCACACCAGGGCGCCAGUAUAAAAUUCUUGUCUUGACGAUCAGUGGAGAUGUUCAACAGUCAGCCUUCAUUGAGGGCUUCACAGUUCCUAGUGUUGUCAAAAAUAUUCACGUUUCUCCCAACGGGGCGACAGAUAGCCUGACGGUGAACUGGACUCCAGGUGGGGGGGACGUGGAUUCCUACACGGUGUCAGCGUUCAGGCAAAAUCAAAAGGUUGAGUCUCAGACCGUCCCCAAGCUUGUCUCUGAGCACACGUUCCACAGGCUGGAGGCCGGGGAGCAGUACCGGAUCGUGAUCGCCUCUGUCAGCGGGUCCCAGAAGAACCAGGUAGAUGCGCUCGGGCGGACAGUCCCAGCGUCCGUCCAGGGAAUAACUGCCGACAAUGCAUACAGUAGUCACUCCUUAAUAGUAAGUUGGCAAAAAGCUGUUGGCGUGGCAGAAAGGUAUGAUAUCCUGCUUCUAAGUGAAAAUGGGAUCCUCCUAAGUAACACGUCAGAGGCAGCCACCACUAAGCAGCACAAAUUUGAAGACCUAAUACCAGGAAAGAAAUACAAGAUACAGAUCCUAACCGUCAGUGGAGGCCUUUUUAGCAAGGAAGCCCAAACCGAAGGCCGAACAGUCCCAGCAGCUGUCACCAACCUGAGAAUCACAGAGAACGCCACCAGACACCUGUCCUUCAGCUGGACCCCCUCAGAGGGGGAGCUCAAAUGGUACAACAUCUUUCUGUACAACCCAGAUCGAACUCUUCAGGAGCGAGCUCAAGUUGGCCCGCAAGUCCAGAGCUUCUCUUUUCAGAACUUGCUACAAGGUCGAAUGUACAAAAUGGUGAUUGUAACUCACAGUGGGGAGCUGUCUAAUGAGUCUUCCAUAUUCGGUAGAACAGUCCCAGCCUCUGUGAGUAACCUCAAGGGAUCCAAUCGAAACAUGACAGACAGUCUCUGGUUCAGCUGGAGUCCAGCCUCUGGGGACUUCGACUUUUAUGAGCUGAUUCUCUAUAACCCCAAUGGCACAAAGAAGGAAAACUGGAAAGACAAGGACCUGACGGAGUGGCGUUUCCAUGGCCUCGUUCCCGGAAGGAAAUACACGCUGUGUGUGAUAACUCAUAGUGGAGAUCUCAGCAACAAGGUCACGGGGGAGAGCAGAACAGCCCCAAGUCCUCCCAGUCUUAUGUCAUUUGCGGAUGUUGCGAACACAUCGUUGGCCAUCACCUGGAAAGGGCCACCGGACUGGACAGACUACGAUGACUUUGAGCUGCAGUGGUUCCCCAGAGAUGCCGUCACAGUCUUCAACCCCUACAGCAACAGAAAAUCAGAAGGACGCAUCGUGUAUGGUCUUCGUCCAGGGAGAUCUUAUCAAUUCAGUGUCAAGACUGUCAGUGGUGAUUCCUGGAAAACCUACAGCAAACCGAUUUUUGGAUCUGUGAGGACAAAGCCAGACAAGAUACAGAAUCUGCAUUGCCGUCCUCAGAACUCCACGGCCAUCGCCUGUUCUUGGAUCCCUCCCGAUUCUGACUUUGAUGGGUACAGCAUUGAGUGCCGGAAAAUGGACACUCAAGAAGUUGAGUUCUCCAGAAAGUUGGAGAAAGAAAAAUCUCUGCUCAACAUCAUGAUGCUAGUGCCCCAUAAGAGAUACCUGGUGUCCAUCAAGGUGCAGUCAGCCGGCAUGACCAGUGAGGUGGUUGAAGACAGCACCAUCACCAUGAUAGACCGCCCUCCUCCUCCACCUCCACAUAUUCGGGUGAAUAAAAAGGAUGUGCUAAUUAGCAAAUCUUCCAUCAACUUUACUUUCAACUGCAGCUGGUUCAGUGACACCAAUGGAGCUGUGAAAUACUUCACAGUGGUGGUGAGAGAGGCUGACGGCAGUGAUGAGCUGAAGCCAGAACAACAGCACCCUCUGCCCUCCUACCUGGAAUACAGGCACAAUGCUUCCAUUCGGGUGUAUCAGACUGAUUAUUUUGCCAGCAAAUGUGCGGAAAGUCCUGACAGCAACUCUAAGAGUUUUAACAUUAAGCUUGGUGCAGAGAUGGAGAGCCUGGGUGGAAAAUGUGAUCCCAAUCAGCAAAAAUUUUGUGACGGACCGCUGAAGCCGCGCACGGCCUACAGAAUCAGCAUUCGGGCUUUUACCCAGCUAUUUGAUGAGGACCUGAAGGAAUUCACAAAGCCACUCUAUUCAGACACAUUUUUCUCUUUGCCCAUCACCACUGAGUCAGAGCCUUUGUUUGGAGUUAUUGAAGGUGUGAGUGCUGGUCUGUUCUUAAUUGGCAUGCUGGUAGCUGUUGUUGCCUUAUUAAUCUGCAGACAGAAAGCCAGCCAUGGUCGAGAAAGGCCCUCUGCCCGCCUGAGCAUUCGUCGGGAUCGACCACUGUCUGUCCACUUGAACCUGGGCCAAAAAGGUAACCGGAAGACUUCUUGCCCAAUAAAAGUAAAUCAGUUUGAAGGACACUUCAUGAAGCUGCAGGCCGACUCCAACUACCUUCUAUCCAAGGAAUACGAGGACCUAAAAGACGUGGGUCGAAACCAAUCAUGUGACAUUGCACUCUUGCCAGAGAAUAGAGGGAAAAAUCGAUACAACAAUAUAUUGCCCUACGAUGCCUCUCGAGUGAAGCUGUCCAAUGUGGAUGAUGACCCGUGCUCUGACUAUAUUAAUGCCAGCUACAUCCCUGGCAACAACUUCAGGAGAGAAUACAUCGCUACUCAGGGACCUCUUCCCGGCACCAAGGAUGACUUCUGGAAAAUGGCGUGGGAACAGAAUGUUCACAACAUCGUCAUGGUGACCCAGUGUGUGGAGAAGGGCCGAGUAAAGUGUGACCAUUACUGGCCAGCGGACCAGGAUUCCCUCUACUAUGGGGACCUCAUCCUGCAGAUGCUCUCGGAAUCCGUGCUGCCCGAGUGGACCAUCCGGGAGUUUCGGAUAUGCAGCGAGGAACAGCUGGAUGCCCACAGACUCAUCCGCCACUUUCACUAUACGGUGUGGCCGGACCACGGAGUCCCGGAGACCACACAGUCCCUGAUCCAGUUUGUGAGAACUGUCAGGGACUACAUCAACAGGACGCCGGGGGCCGGGCCCACCGCGGUGCACUGCAGUGCCGGUGUGGGUAGGACUGGAACCUUCAUCGCAUUGGACCGAAUCCUCCAGCAAUUAGAUUCCAAAGAUUCUGUGGACAUUUAUGGAGCAGUGCAUGACCUAAGACUUCACAGGGUUCACAUGGUCCAGACCGAGUGUCAGUAUGUAUACCUACAUCAGUGUGUAAGAGAUGUUCUCAGAGCAAGGAAGCUACGGAGUGAACAAGAAAACCCCUUGUUUCCAAUCUACGAAAAUGUGAAUCCAGAGUAUCACAGAGAUGCGGGUUAUUCAAGGCAUUGAGAAUGCACCCGGAGAUCUUCUGGAUCAAAACUAUUCACUGUGUGAUUUCUUUUUAAAAACUUGCUUCAUGCCCUACAGAGGUGCCAGCUAUUUCUGUUGAUACUAUGUAUAAUUUAUUAAUCUGGAGAAUUUUAAAGAAUUUAUGUAAUUUAAAGGUAACAGAUAUUAUUGUACAUAGUUGUAUUUUGUAGUUCCUUCUGUAAAUAUGUAUUUUUUCAUAAUGUUUAAUAUUAAGCUUUAUAUAAUACUAUUUUUCCACACUAAAGUGUUCAUGGCUUGUUCUACAUAAACUAAUUCAACCUGUAUCACAGGAUGACUGGUAAAAUGUGUACGCAGAUGCUUGCUGUGGUGGGGCCGUGGUUUUUACCAGUUUUAAUGCUUACUGGACAGGAUAAAGGGCAGGGCUGGAGAGAGCAGGGAGUACAGCGGGCUUGGCUGCAUUGCUGUCCCAUGAAUCUUAGGAUCCAAAGAUGAUCCAAAUGCGAUUUGGACAAAUAUAACAAUCAAAAGAAAGGACUUGGGGAGAUGGGAUUAAGCAGCACCAAAGGUUAAAUCGGUGGUUGUGCCUCAGGUGGUUAGUCUCUCCCCUUUCUCCUGCCAGACGUUCAAGCCAACGUGGUCAGCUCAGGGGCCACGUAACUUGCCGAGCAAGUCCAGGCUGCAGGGCUGAGGGUUCAGAGAGAGAACGACCCAAACAGAAGUGAUGAAUUCCUCAUAUCGAGAAGCUUGCCACCUGCCCUCCUGACUGGAAACCUAGUCAACAUGCAAAGUGCCAUCCAUAGUGAUGGGAAACUGUUUCACUGCAUCCACAGUGUGCUGUGCAAACACGCAUCCCACACUGGGAUGUGUGUGUUGCCCAAGGGACACACGCUCGUCUUUGUCUCAUUUCUUGGGGGCUGCAUUCCUGGAAAAGUCAAAAUUGCACCAGUCAUACUUGGUUUUCCCAUUAAAGGAAUAUUGAGGCGGCAUAUUAUACUCCUGAUCAAAGGGCCUAACAUCAAUAUCUAUAGAAAUGUCCUCAAACAUCAUAUAUCGUUAAUUUGAAAAACACAAAAACAAAAAUUCAGUGGUGCUUAGUAUAAAAUUUUCCAAAAGCCUUUUUUAGUAAAUCACUGAGGUCAAAAUAUAAGGUAGACACCUUCAGUUGCAUUUAAUAUAAAAAGCACUACAUACUUUACCAAGUUGAUCUUCAGUGUGUGUGCCUAUUUUGACUAUAACAAAUUUCAGUGAGUCAGAAAGUGGGCAUUGCCCUCCCCAAGGUCCAGUUCCGAGGGUCUUCCUGGAGGAAAUUUGAAAGGCAUCUGCACGGUUGUCCUCAUGGCUACCUGAGAGAUGAGUUGGGAAUGUUUGCCUUUUUCUCACUACAAAUUUCUCUGAAAUAAACUUAAGAAUUAGAAAUCAAGGUUGUUGAUCUCACAGCUUCAUUUGCAGAAAGAGUACAUUUCUUGUCAAAAUGUAUAU